UCAUCUUCUGUUUGGGACCCCUCAAGAAAAUAUUAAGAAACUGGAACAGACACAAAAUAGAGCAGUGAGAUUUAUAACAAAUGAAUAUUCACAUUUGACUAGAGUAACACCUUUAGUAAAAUCACUAAAUUUAGAAAGCCUUCAGGAGAGGACUCAAAAGUAAAGUAGCAAUUAUACAUAAAACACUGAACCAUAAUCUUCAAAUACAAAAACAAAACCUAAUAGGAUACUCAGACACAAAGAUAAAGAUAAAUUUAGGACCACAAUCUAUAUGAGUCAUCAUGUCUGAGAUUGGAGAAAAGCCCCCAGCUCCACCGGUCAGGCUUGAAAGCACAAGAGAGAUGCUAUCUCAUGAAUAUAAACCAUUACCCAAAGAACCUGACAACAAAGAGGAAAAGAAAAAACAGAAGACUGUUAAAGCUGGCCAGAAAGUGAAAUUAAUUAGUGAUAAGCCUGUUAUAUCUUUCCCAUCAAACUUUGAGCACACUGUCCAUGUGGGCUUUGAUCCUCACACUGGAGAAUUCACUGGCAUGCCAGAAUCCUGGGCUAAGCUACUCCAGUCUGCUAAUAUUUCUAAGUUGGAACAGAAGAAAAAUCCUCAAGCUGUGCUUGACGUAUUAAACUAUUAUGACACAUCCUCUAAAGAAAGACAGGAUGAAAAGUUUAUGCUUAAUGUUAAUUCUUCAAGUGCCAGUUCCUCAAAGUCGAAUCUGUCAGAGAAAUCAUCUACUGUUGUACUUAUAUCACAGACCAAGCAAGAUUCAAGUCCAACGAUAUCAGCAAAUGGUGAGGAAGAAGAAGAGGAGGCUCCCCCUCCACCCAUUGCAGCUCGGCCAGAUAAAACUAAAUCUAUAUAUACUAAACCUCUAGAUCCUGAUGAAAAGUCUGGUGAUGGCAGUACUGACAACAAGACAGAGAAACCCAAGAAAACAAAGAUGACCAGUGAAGAAAUAAUGGAGAAAUUACGGACUAUUGUCUCCAUUGGUGAUCCGAACAGAAAAUACACAAAGAUGGAAAAAAUAGGACAAGGAGCCUCAGGUACUGUGUACAUAGCUGUAGAAGUUGCCACUGGGAGAGAAGUAGCUAUCAAAACAAUGAACUUGUCCCAGCAGCCCAAGAAAGAGCUGAUUAUUAAUGAGAUUCUUGUCAUGAGAGAAAACCAAAACCCCAACAUUGUCAACUACUUGGACAGCUAUUUGGUUGGGGAGGAGCUCUGGGUUGUGAUGGAGUUUUUAGCUGGAGGUUCUUUAACAGAUGUUGUGACGGAGACAUGUAUGGAUGAAGGCCAAAUAGCUGCUGUUUGUAGAGAGUGUUUGCAAGCUUUAGAAUUUCUUCAUGACAAUCAAGUUAUACACAGAGAUAUAAAGAGUGAUAAUAUUCUACUUGGAAUGGAUGGAAGUGUUAAACUAACUGAUUUUGGCUUUUGUGCUCAAUUGUCUCCUGAACAAAGUAAAAGAUCAACAAUGGUUGGUACCCCCUAUUGGAUGGCCCCUGAAGUUGUAACCAGGAAACAAUAUGGACCAAAAGUAGAUAUCUGGAGUUUAGGAAUUAUGGCAAUUGAAAUGAUCGAAGGAGAACCACCAUAUCUCAAUGAAAAUCCUUUAAGGGCAUUGUAUUUAAUAGCAACCAAUGGAAAGCCAGAGAUUAAAGAGAAGAGCAAAUUAUCCCCUGUCUUCCAAGACUUUCUAGAUAAAUGUUUGGAUGUUGAUGUAGACAAAAGAUCAUCUGCUUCAGAACUGCUCAAGCACCCCUUUUUGAGAUUAGCCAAACCAUUGGCAAGUUUGGUGCCACUGAUAAUGGCUGCCAAAGAAGCUCAAAAAUCUGGUCAUUAAUGAAUUGAAGAGAUGAACGAAAAAAGUGAGUUGUACAGACAACAUGAAAGAAAUUUGUUGACAAACAGAAAAUGACGACAGUUAUUGAAAAUUCUCAACUAAUGAGAUGUUACAUUCACCUGUCUUCAAGUUUUGUUUUUUCUUUGUAUUUAUAUUUAGCUGAAUAGAUUCAAUGAUUUUCUAAAAAAAAAAAUGCUGCUAGAUAAUCAUACUUACUCUUUUUAAGUGAGCAUUAACUAAGGUAAAUCCUGAUUCUACAUCAUUCUGUUCUGUUUUUUUUUUUUUAAGUUUCAGCCUAGUACUAUGCUAAAGAAUGGGAUUUUUAUUUAGUUAUAUCAAACUUGUUUUGUUAUAAUUACUUUAAAAAGUUUGAUUUUAUAUUAAAAUUAAAAGUUAUAUAUACAUGAGUUGAAACACACAACUUGUUUUGUUUUUGGAAUGUUGAUAUUUAGUUUGAUGACUAAUAAAUAAUGUUAGUGAUACAAAUGAAUGUGGUAACAUGCAAAGUACUAUCUUGCACACUUUAUGUUACACAAAACUCAUUGAGUCUUUGAGCGGUUAUAUACAGUACUUCCUUUAAUUCACCAGUUGAACCUAAAACUAAGGCCAACAGUUCAACUCACCUUGAAAAAUAAACUCAUUGGAAGAUGACAUUUCUAUCACAAUGAUUGUCAAAAUUGUUUGCACAAGACAUUCAAUUAAUAACUAGCAUUAAUUUUUCCAUAUACUCACAUUCAAUAAGGUUUAAUUAUAAAAAGAAGUAGUUCUCAUUUGCUGCUAAAUGUUACCACUGGAUCAAAUGUUGAGUUUCCACAAGACAGUAAUAGAAUUAAUCUACCUUUAUCACCUCCAUUAUUUUUUUAAUGUUGGAUGUUUUGAAAAAAUAUAAACCAUAUAAUAUAACUAGGUCGGGCUGUAUCAUGUGAGCUGAUAAUUGAUGCUUGGAAGGAAAUUUGGACUUGGGCUGUAUCAUGUGAGCUGAUAAUUGAUGCUAGGAAGGAAAUUUUAAGAUGUUGCUUGGAAUUUUAUGAAAUGUUUGAUUUCUCGUUGAAUACAGGAUGAGCACACAAUCUUUACAACACCAAAUGAUGUUUUACAUAAAGAUUGUUCAAUGUAUGUGUGUGGAUUUCUUAUCAUUGUAAACAUUGAAAUGGAUAGCUCAGUAACCCUUUAGUAAUAGUUUUUCUGUAUGAUGAGUUCUUUGUGUGUGUGUGUGUGAUUGUAAAUAUUUUCAAAUAAAGAUCUUUGUCUUUAGAAUACAAAAAGGUUUUAAGUAACUUGUUAAAAGAAAAAAGAAAUUUGCUCGCUAAAUAGUCCUACUAUUUUUUAAAAUGAAAUAAAAAUGCACUGGUUUUACAUAUGAUUAAUUUUGUUAUAGUUUGAAAAUGUAUUUGAAUAAGAUUGUAUUAUUAAUUAGACUUGUAUUUUAUGUAAUCUUUUGUGUAAGAAAUAUUGAUUGUAUAAUGAAAUAAUCUAAGAAUGUGUAUGAUUCAUCAUUGAAUAUUUCAGAACAUAUUCAAUGUUGCACUUUUGAUGUCUUAAUGUCAAAGAAUGCCAUUUUUUAAAUUCCAUAAGUAAAAGAAAAUCAUAUAGGAUUUUAUACUCAAUGUAUGUUUUAGGGUUUGGACAAAUUGAUGACAUCUUGCAUCCAGUGAGGGAAGGCAAACAUAAAGAAAGAAACAUGUUCACUUUUGUCUAGACUUUUUGUUCAUUAUUAAGAAAUAAAAUAUAGCUAGACUGUGUGCUUGCAGUUUCUUAUGUGUGCUAAGAAUUUCACAAUACUUCACAUUCACCACCUAUCCCUUAGUUGAACCGUUGGGGCACCACACAUUAUCUGGUGACCGUCUUUCUCCUUUCUUUUGCCUUGAAUAGAAUCUAUUUCAAUGACAGGCCCAUCCAUUUUUCAGUGUUGUUUUCCCAUCACUUUCUCUGUCUGCCUUUUCUUCAUUUUCCUGGUACUGUUCCCUGAGGGAAUGUCUUAGGAAGCCCUGGGGACAUUUUGGUAUGGCCAUAAUUUUUUAGUUUGCAUUUUUUAACAGUUGUCAACAGGUCAUCGUGGGGCCCAAUAGCCAUUAUGAUCCUGUUUGUAAUCUCCUAAUUUGUGAUGCAGUCUUAGUAGGUGAUACCAAGAAUCCUAUCUCUUAAGUUUCAUUACUAGGAUCCUUUUCUUUAGUUCUGCAAUCAGGCCUUUCUUUUUAACCAAGACUCGUAUUGCUAUCCACAAGUGCUGCAUAUAUCAGAUGACAGAAGAAAUUAUAACCAUGUUGCUACUAUGCUAAAAUCGUUUUGUUUUAGUUGUUUUCCAUGUAGACCGUCCCUCACUGGCAUCCACUCUAAAUAGUCCUAUUAUUUUUUUUUUCUAUUUUAGCUUGUAUCCUAAGUUUGUAUAACGUACAAGGUCAAGUUUUUUUGUUUGUUUUUUUAAACAAAGGCCUGAUAUUCUUAUUUCAUUUAUACUAUAUACAUUAUACAUCACUAUAAUUAUGGUGUUACUUCUGUGGUUCUGAUACAUGAAACUACAUAAAAGCUUACAUAAUUGAAGGAAUAAACAAAUCAAAAACAGGCUCCUGGAGUCUUGAAUGAUUACUCUGAAGAAGUAAAAGUAUAAAAUUCCCACUGAAACUGUUUUCCCUAUUUUAUUUGCAACAUAAGAUUUGAAUUCUUUAUCUGUUGUUGUUUUUUAUACAUCAACCAAAUUAUAUUGAUGAUUUACAGCCGUUUCUGUAAGUGUAGCAACAUUUAGUUGUAAUAAUAAAUAUGAAAAAAAGUAUUUUCUUUAAAAAAAAAUAAAUAUAUAUAUAUAUUUCAAUGUUUAGAUUUACUAUUUAUUUCAUUUUUUGUUUCAUUUGUGAUUUUCAUUUAUGUUUUUAUUUGGAUGACUUGAACUUGAUCAUAUUCUAUGGUGCUCUCUGAUUGUGUUGCUAUAAAACAAAAAUUAAUUUCAUUUUUAAUUGAUGAUGUUUCAUAACAAACUAUUGUGUAUCAUAUAUGUAGUAUACAUUUUGUUAUUGUUGUUUUUAACAGAAGUUUGAUUUUUAUGUUUGGUUUAUCUUUUGAAUAAUUUAAUAAUUAAUUUAUGUUUUAUUUAUAGCUCAUCCCACAUUACCAUUUUUAAUGAUCAUAGCUUUUCUGACUUUUCUUGUCCUCGAAGCUUCCAGUUUUCUAUUCAUUGUUAGAUUAUUUAACCCUCCAAACUCCACAUUGCUUCAUUUGGUGAUGUCUGUCAGACCCUGUUUUAUUAAACUGUGUUAGUUGCUAUGAUCACCUUGGCUGUAAGACAGUAUGUAUGAAAUGUUUCAGUUCUUGUUCUUUAAACUUGGUAGGACCAUUAUAAUAUUUGAACACAGCUUACUAUUCUCCUAGUGCAUUGAAGAAGCUUGGUUUCUGAGCUUUGCUAUGGAGUGAAUCAUUCAUCAAACCAAUCUUGUUCUCUCCGUUGCAUAGUGGGCUGCUUCGCUUAACACAAUCGAUAUUUCCCUUUUCAGUAGCAAUUUUACAAUUUAAAAAUGGGCGCUAAAUAUAAACAUGUUAGAAUGAGCAAGGUUUGGCCAUCAAUGUCAUCAUUAGGCCUACAUUUGCAGAAAUGUGUUUUUGGAUCAGGUUUGUUUUUUUUGGAAAUAUCACCACAAUUUAUUCUUGAGAGACUGCAUGAAUGUAUAACAAUAGGUUUAUUUUGUUGAAUGAAAUGUGUACAGAUCCUAAAGGCUGAAUGAGCAUCACUUAUUGUACAUUAAAGGAUUCACUGAUAGAGCAAGGGAUCAAUGUUCAGUUGUUGUUACAACAGCAUGGUACAGUAUUCAGCCGAUGCUUUAAUUGUUGUGUUUUGUGUCAAUACAAAGAGACUGGGUUUAUGUACAAGAAAAAAGAAAUAUUUAGUUCUACCUAAAGUUUAUUUUUACAGUGUUUUUUUUUUUUAGCCCUUGUUUGUUUUUGUUUUUUGUCUCUUAUACUUAAAACUGUGUAAGAUUGUAUAAAAAUGCUUUUAAAAAAAUGAAAUUCUUCCUCUUAUUUCUUGAGUAUUUUCUGUUGAUUUUUUUUUUUUUGAUAAAGCCAAUAGUUUAUUUGAACAGGGCAUUUUAAACAUUCAUAAAAAAGAAUAAACUUUUUUUCUUAAAGAUAUGAACUGUUAGUGAAUUAAUAUUUAAAAUCAUUAUUUUUUACUUCUGGAACAGAUCCUGGUCUGGGAAAAUGUAAUGGUAGUUUUUCCAGGGCAUGUAGCCAUUCCUUUUAUUAUAUUGAUCUUAUUGUUACUAUGUAAAUAUGAUGCCUUAGUUAUUGAAGCAUUAUGUUUCAAGCACCUUUUAGUGUGGAAAAAAAAAGCUCAAAUCAUAGUAAAUCAAAGCAAAUCAAUUGCUGUACUGUAAUCAGCAAUAAAUAAUUUUUUUUUAAAACAAGUUAAGCAUUAAACUUUAGAUCUUGGUGUACAUAGGGUAAUCAGUUCUGUAAAUAAAUUUACCGUUUAAUUUAAGAUAAUUAUUUCAACUAUCCUUUUUUUUUUCUGUUUAUUUUUUUUGUCUAUCUAUAUUCACUUCCACGUCAUGGGCUGGACUAGUUAACAGAAUCAUGAAUGUUUAUAAAUAUAUAUUAUAAAUAUUGUCUGCAUGAGUUCAAUGUUUGUUUCAGCUAUUUAGGAUAGUGAACAAAUCUUAUUUCUGGCUUUUGGAGUUGGAAUAUUACAUUCAUCAAUACUUCAAUGCAUAUGUUAUUUGUUUUAACCAUUGUUUCAUUUAUGCAAUUUUAAUACUUUUUACAUUAUUUUUUUUUUACCCUUGCAUAACAUAUACCAUUUUUAACUUUUUGAAAGUCUUUUAUUCUGUCUACUCUUUCUAGCAAGAGAUUUCUUAAUCUCAUAGCCUUAUAGCCAUCAGUGCAUCUUUAUUCUAGUUAGCUAAUUAUUAUUAGAGGAAUCAAAUUAUCUAGGAUAUCUGUAUACACUUCAUUCUGUCAUUGAAAAGUUUGACCAUUGCUUAUGUGUUAAAUAUACUGCUUAACAAAACUUCUGGUAGGUGGCAUACAUAUCACUUAAAUCUUGUUUUUAAAAAAUCUAUAUAUAAAAUUUAAAAAAAUGGCAACAAAUGAAUGAGUCUCAUGGACACUGAUAAGUUGAAAAAACUUAUUAAAAAAUAUUUCUCUAAAGUUACAUCUGAGCAAAAGGCUAUUCUAUAUCUGUUAAUAGAAUGAGUACAAUUUUACCAAUACUAGUUCCCUGUUGAUCAUUAUGUGCUGUUUUGUGGAGUCUAACAUUUACUUUGAUAUUUUUCUGAUUAGACAUGUAAGUCUGUUAUGUCCAAAGUCAGCAUUACUUAACGAUGUGAAGUCCCUGAAAAACAUACCUAUGGUUUCUUUUGACCACUUUAAUUUUGUCUUUCUCAUUCUAAAAGGGUUCCAGUCUAGUGCCUCUAUUCAGCAGAAGAUUCAUAUUGAUAUUUGACUUAUGUUCAAUUUAAUUUCAUUCUAAUCACUGCAGCUGUAUCCUCUCCUCAGCUUGUUAUUGGGUUGAAGAAGCAUUUUUUUUUUAGAAAGGACAGCAUUAUGACAACUAUGGCAAUUACAUUAACAGCUGCAUCUUUUAGUUUGUUUCUAGAAAUGAUCCAUUCCCUUUGGAACCGUUCAUGUGACUAAAGAGACCAAUCCUUGAUACACAUUGCAUGUUCACAAGUUAGACAUAUCUAAUUACCAGGCACUGUAGCACUUUCAGCCUUUUUCCUGUGAGCAAGAAAUUUUUUUAUUUGUUUUUUAUAGUUCUUGUUAAUUUAGUAUUAUGGUAUUUCUGGAUUGGGAUAACCAAGUAUGAACAAUCUAAUGUAUCAUGUAACUUAAGGAAACUAAUCUAAAAAGUAAUAAUUGUGCAACGCUGUUAUAAUAUAGUUCUUAUUAGUUCCAUCUAUUCCAGACUGCACUUGCAAAUGUAAGAAAGCACAAUUAGCUUCCACCAAGUUCUUCCAUUUCAGUUAAAUUUGAAUAAGUAUACAUCUUUGUUUCAAUGUAUCUGCAGUUAUCACCCCACUUUUAUUAUGUAGCCUUUUUCUUGUUGGCCAAAAGUAAUUUGAAAACAAAGUAAUAAUAAUAGUAGUAGUAUAGUGUUGAUUAGCAACUUCUUUCUUCUGCUUUAUAAACACUUUGUAACACAUUAAACAUUAAUGCAGAAUUUUAAAGGAUGAAUUUUGAAAUGAAAUUGUGUUAAGGAAAGUUUAAAAAAAAAAAAAGUUUAUAAUCUUUAGAGAAUUAGUAUACAAGUUCUCUGCACUGGCAUCAAAUAGAGAAUAAUAAAUAUCACUUUAUUGAACAUGCAGUCCAUAGACUAGUGAGAUCUGAUGUUAAUCACAUUAUUUUGAAAUAGUUUGAUGCAGCCAUUGAUCAACUGUGCAGUACUAUUUGUAAGAGUAUUCAUGUAAGAGAUAAAGCUUCUGUUUUUAGUUCGAGAAUAAAUUCAAGUAGUGAAAGAUGGUCUCUGUUUAUUGUUAGAUAUUAAUGUAAGCUGCUUAUUUCAUUAACUUGGUUGAAUUUUAAUCUUUCUGCAUCUACAAAGGAAGUGUACAUACAUGAUUUGCUUGCUUAUUGUAUUAAAAUAAAUAAAUGUCCAUUGAUUUUUA